AUGUUUUAUCAACAUAACAACAAUGCCCACCAUGUUUAUCUACGAAAAAAGUAUUCAAAAGUCGCUUCUGAUUCGUUGAAUCGAGUGACGUUUGCUUUUCAGCAGCAAAAAAUUUUUCCGACUGAUAUGCUCGGAAGAUUUGUUGGUAUCAGCAGAGACUCUCGUCACAAACGUUCUCAUACCGGUGCGAAAAGAGCCCAAUAUCGCAAGAAGCGAAAGUUCGAAUUAGGUCGUCAACCUGCCAACACUAAGCUGGGUCCAAAAAGAAUUCAUGAAGUCCGAGUUCGUGGUGGGAACCGAAAGUUUCGAGCACUUCGUCUAGAUUCCGGAAAUUUCUCUUGGGGUUCAGAGUCGGUCACGAGAAAAACCAGACUUGUCGCUGUUGUAUAUAAUGCGUCAAACAACGAAUUAGUUCGAACCAAUACGCUAGUAAAAGGUGCUGUUAUUCAAAUUGAUGCUACUCCGUUUAGGCAGUGGUACGAGGCUCAUUAUGCCCAGCCCCUCGGCCGUAGAAAAGCCAAGAAAGAAGGCAUGGUCGAAUCUGAAGAGUUAAAUAAGAAGCGAUCGAAGCAUGUUCUAAGAAAAAUUGAGAGCCGAAAAGAAUCGUCAAAGCUUGAUCCCCUGUUAGAUGACCAAUUUACCACAGGUCGUCUGUAUGGUAUGUGA